GAAGCACUCGAAAAGAUGGCGCAUGAGCAACGACUAUCGCAGCACGACGUCAUCCAAGUCCUACAGAGUCUGUCAGAGUUAAAGCGCCGUGAGGUCUUGCCACGCGCGAAGUUACGGGAAUUAAAGGACAUGUUGAUCGCACGGCACCCGACCUUGGUGGCAAUGGUACGCGAUGCCGCCAAUACGAACCAAGCCCUUGUAGAUCAAUUGUUCGCGUUUGCCACGCAGGGAGCGAGAGCAGUGAACCCUCUUGACCAUCCAGUGACGACGAACGGCGUCACGACGUUCGAUGCGCUGGAUGUGUCCAUCUUGCGUGCACAGGUACAUAUUCCGCGAGGUGUGGCGGCAACUACGUUAUCCGCAUUGAAUAGUUUGGGAUGGACGAAGCCGACGCCAUUCGCGCCUUAGAAGAAUGCCAUGGCGACUUCGUCAACGCGAUCCUCACAGUGGACGCCACACUCGACACGGAUCUUUAACCCAACACCUUAUUUAUCCAUAAAACGACACCACCAGCGCGUUGCACGAGUCGCGCAUAGAACGUAUUGUGGUGUCAACUCAUCCGUUGACCGGUGUGCACAGAAAACACCAGAGCGGUUGGCCCAAUCGUCAGAUCUCGAUGCG